AUGUCUUUUACAUGGCAAACACGUCCUGCUCGUACACAAACAACGAAUAAUCAACGACAAGGAGGGUUGGAACAACAGCAAGGACGUCUCACAAACACUUCAAAUAGAAAUAAUUCAGGAAAAACUACCACUAAAACAAAGACGACGACACAUACAAGAAACGAUGGGGGAAGUCAUAGUCAGCUGCAGCAAGAGAUAUGCGGUGAUGGAGGACAACGAUUAGGUGGAGGUUCUCUUAUGCAAGAAGCUACAGAUGUCGGUGUUAACCCGGUAUUAUUAGCUGCCGUGAGAAGAAUGCAACAAACUCAAAAUAUUGAGAGUGGAAAAGAUAGGCGCGACGAAGAGGGUAAGAAUGUAGAGAAAGAUGAUGGAAAGUAA